CACCACCACCCUUGUUCUCCCACAAACGCAAAAUCCCUUCUUCUUCGCUCUACUCUUUUCUCUCUCCUGUUCUUCAAAGAAGGCGUCUUCAUAAACGCCUUCGAUUUGUUCUUCAUUUCUGCUAUUUUUCUCUCUCCUAUUCAACAUUCUUUCUUCGUUUCAGAUCUAGACAAAUUCUUUAGCCAAAAUGAGGGAGUGCAUUUCAAUCCACAUUGGUCAAGCUGGUAUCCAAGUCGGAAAUGCCUGCUGGGAGCUUUACUGUCUUGAACACGGUAUUCAGGCUGAUGGCCAGAUGCCAAGUGACACAACUGUCGGAGGAGGAGAUGAUGCCUUCAACACCUUUUUCAGUGAAACUGGUGCUGGCAAGCAUGUUCCUCGUGCCGUCUUUGUUGAUCUUGAGCCCACUGUUAUUGAUGAAGUGAGGACUGGGACUUACCGCCAGCUGUUCCACCCAGAGCAGCUCAUCAGCGGCAAGGAGGAUGCUGCCAACAACUUCGCCCGUGGUCAUUAUACCAUUGGCAAGGAGAUUGUUGAUCUCUGCUUGGACCGCAUCCGUAAGCUUGCUGACAACUGCACUGGUCUCCAAGGGUUCCUCGUGUUCAAUGCUGUUGGUGGAGGAACUGGUUCUGGUCUUGGAUCUCUCCUCUUGGAGCGUCUCUCUGUUGAUUAUGGAAAGAAAUCCAAGCUGGGUUUCACCAUCUACCCAUCUCCCCAGAUCUCAACCUCUGUUGUUGAGCCCUACAACAGUGUUCUCUCAACCCACUCUCUCUUGGAGCACACUGAUGUUGCUGUUCUCCUCGACAAUGAGGCCAUCUAUGACAUCUGCAGGCGCUCACUUGACAUUGAGCGUCCCACUUACACCAACCUCAACCGUCUGAUCUCUCAGGUGAUCUCAUCCUUGACUGCUUCAUUGAGGUUUGAUGGUGCCUUGAAUGUGGAUGUCAAUGAGUUCCAGACCAAUCUUGUCCCAUACCCCAGGAUCCACUUCAUGCUUUCCUCCUAUGCCCCUGUCAUCUCUGCUGAGAAGGCUUACCAUGAGCAACUCUCUGUUGCUGAGAUCACCACCAGUGCUUUUGAGCCCUCUUCCAUGAUGGCAAAGUGUGACCCACGUCACGGAAAGUACAUGGCUUGUUGUCUGAUGUACCGUGGUGAUGUGGUUCCCAAGGAUGUUAAUGCUGCUGUGGCCACCAUUAAGACCAAGCGUACCAUUCAGUUUGUUGACUGGUGCCCAACUGGGUUCAAGUGUGGUAUCAACUACCAGCCACCAAGUGUUGUUCCUGGUGGUGAUCUUGCCAAGGUCCAGAGGGCUGUUUGCAUGAUCUCCAACUCCACCAGUGUUGCUGAGGUGUUCUCCAGGAUUGACCACAAGUUUGAUCUCAUGUACGCCAAGAGGGCCUUUGUUCACUGGUAUGUGGGUGAGGGUAUGGAGGAAGGUGAGUUCUCAGAGGCUCGUGAGGAUCUUGCUGCUCUUGAGAAGGAUUAUGAGGAGGUUGGUGCUGAGGGUGCCGAGGAUGAUGAAGGUGAUGACGAGGGCGAGUACUAAGAUCGGGUUUCAUCUAGUUAUGCUUGAUUGUGGUUGUUGAAGGAGCCCUUUUUCAUUUUGUUGCUUGUGCAUUGUGCUCAUGUAUUGUGGAAACUUUUUAUUUGGAACCUGGUAUCUUGUGUUUCCGAUGAUAAUUUCUGGCUAUGAAAUGGUAACGGUGCAUUAAAA